CGGAUUAGACGUAGCUUCCCAAGGAGCUGUUCGCAAGUACAUCAAGUUCAACAUCUGCCUCAUUAGUUCUCCUGCGUUGUCAUCGAGACGCUUUGUUAUUGCAGAUGACAUAAUUUGAUCCCUGAAGACACCAGAUGAUAACAAAUAACCAGAUCAGCCUUGCCACCAUUAACUAAACGACAAAGUGCCUGAACAUUAAGGUCUGGUAGAUUAAAAUCUGCCUUUUCACUGAUCAUAUCCCCAACAUUUUCUGAGCUCAGACAUCGUUGGAAAAAUUGAUUCUUAACCAGGGAUUCAAAUUUCUCCUUAAGAACCUCUACCGGUUUGUGGCGUUCAGCUGAAAAGUUUUGAUUAUUACUUCGGAGGCAGUUUCAGAACCCUGUCUCAGUAAUUCUUCGAGCAUUGCUUCUGCCUCAUCACCCAAUAGAGAUUUCAUCAGAAACAUGUACCUAAAAUAAUUGCAUCCCCUAUCUUAUUACCAAGACGCCGAAACUUCGUGAAAAGUGCUCAAGUGGUGGAAAAUAAUUUUGCAUCAAGCGCCUCCGUUGGUUCAGCGUUUCCGGCGGAACAUCAUUGUCGCGAAUGAUCACGUGAUCGAAGAUCGACUUCUUGGUUUGCGGCCACGAGGUUUUGCGGUGAAAAUUAAGUUUACCGGGUGGAAUAGGCCCUCUUUUUUUGUAUUUAUACAAAAAUGCCCUCCAGCAAUCCCUUACCACCAAAAGAAAAUGCCUUAUUCAAGCGAAUUUUGAGAUGCUACGAACACAAACAAUACAAAAAUGGUCUCAAAUUUGCCAAGCAAAUAUUGUCAAACCCGAAGUACAGCGAACAUGGGGAGACCCUGGCGAUGAAGGGUCUGACAUUGAAUUGCCUAGGCCGCAAAGAGGAAGCUUAUGAUCACGUACGACGGGGUCUUAGAAAUGAUCUACGGUCUCAUGUUUGUUGGCACGUUUAUGGUCUCCUACAACGUUCCGACAAAAAAUAUGACGAAGCUAUCAAGUGCUAUCGCAAUGCACUCAAAUGGGACAAGGAUAAUAUCCAAAUUCUUCGAGAUCUGUCGCUGUUGCAAAUUCAAAUGCGAGAUCUGGAUGGAUACAAGGACACGAGAUACCAGUUGUUCAUGAUGCGCCCAACUCAACGGGCUUCAUGGAUUGGCUUUGCGAUGUCGUAUCAUUUAUUGAAAGAUUAUGAAAUGGCGUUGAGGAUUUUGGAUACUUUCCGUAAUUCCCAAAUGAGCUGCUACGAUUAUGAACAUAGCGAGCUACUUUUAUACCAAAACUUGGUAAUUCAAGAAUCAGGAGAGAGCGAGCAGGCCUUGAAACAUCUCGAUAAAUAUUGCGACCAAAUCUGCGACAAAAUCACAGUCAAAGAGACUUAUGGAAAACUGAGACUAGAGCUAGGACAAUAUAGCCAAGCUGGACAGAUUUUUGGUGAGUUAGUGAGUUUAAAUCCUGAAAAUACAACGUACUAUGCCAGGCUAGCGGAAACGAAAGAAAAUUCGUCACCAGAAAAGACUCUAGAAAUGCUUCAGCUAUGUCAACAGUUGUAUCCUAGAGCAUUGGCACCCCGGCGAUUACAGUUAAAUUAUGCUACAGGAGAAACAUUCAAAACAUUAGUUGACCAGUACCUGAGAAGGGGUCUCUACAAGGGUGUUCCACCAUUGUUUGUCAAUUUGCGAUCGUUGUACAAAGAUCAAGCAAAGGUAGACACAAUACAAUCGCUGCUCCUCGAAUAUGUCGAUGCUCUCAAGGCACAUGGUCAUUUCAGUGACGAUGACCGAGACCUUCCCCGGGGACCAGCUUCGGCUCUUCUUUGGACUUAUUACUAUCUUGCCCAGCAUUAUGACCACCUCGGUUUUACUGAAAAAGCUUUAAAAGAAAUAGAUGCUGCUAUUGACCAUACACCGACCCUCAUAGAGCUUUUCGUUACCAAAGGACGAAUUUAUAAACAUGCUGGAAAUGUGUUAGAAGCUUAUAAGUGGCUGGAUGAAGCACAGGGUCUGGAUACUGCCGAUCGUUAUAUCAAUUCGAAAUGUGCCAAAUAUAUGCUUCGUGCGAAUCUGAUCAAAGAAGCGGAGGAGACAUGUGGGAAAUUUACUAGGGAAGGUGUUCCUGCGAUGGAAAAUCUUAAUGAAAUGCAGUGUAUGUGGUUCCAAACUGAAGCGGCCAGAGCAUACCAACGUCUUGGCAAAUAUGGAGAAGCGCUAAAAAAGUGUCAUGAAGUUGACAGGCAUUUUUCGGAAAUCAUGGAGGACCAAUUUGAUUUCCAUACAUAUUGCAUGAGAAAAAUGACGUUGCGUUCCUAUGUUGGCUUAUUAAGAUUAGAAGAUGUUCUACGGUCACACCCGUUCUACUUCAAAGCGGCCAAGUGUGCGAUAGAAGUUUACCUGAGGUUAAACGACUAUCCACUACCAGAUCCUACGCAGACACAGGAGAUCGACACUGAAAACUUGGCCCCGUCGGAAUUGAAGAAGCUGAGGAAUAAGCAAAGGAAACAACGUAGGAAGGCGGAACUCGAAAGGCAGCAGGCUGCUCAUGCCCAAGAAAAAAGAGAACAGCAUAACAAAUCCCGACAACAAGCUGAUCCUGAUCUCGAACAACCGACUCUUGAUGAACUCAUCCCAGAAAAAUUAGAGAGGACUGAAGAUCCAUUGGAACAGGCCGUCAAGUUCUUGCAACCCCUGCAGGAGCUGGCUUCUGACAGAAUAGAAACUCAUCUAAUGGCCUUUGAGAUAUACUACCGUAAAGGUCGGACUCUUCUGAUGCUUCAAUCGAUAAAACGUGCGCAUAAUCUGGAUGCGAAUAAUCCAGACUUGCAUGCUUGUUUGGUACGAUUUCUCCUACAUAUUGCUGCCAAUCCACUGGAAGGACCCGUUGCAGAUGUAGUGAAGCGGCAAACGACGUCAAUAUUCUCUAACUUCGAUGCGGCCGAAUUGAACACGGAAUUUUUGAAGAAAAAUAAUAAAUCCUUGCCACAUCUACUCCAAGGAGCGCGGAUGCUGCACUUAUUGGAUCCUUCUGCUCAAGCAAAGGCUUUGUCGUUGGCUAGUCAAAUCGACGGGUUGGACGGAGUGACUCUAGAGACGUGUACUCGAGUUUUGGAAGCACUGAGAAACGAAGAUUUAGGGGUUUGCGACCAGGCGAUAGCAGAUUUCACCGCACAAUGUGAAAAACGCUUUCCUUACGCGACUGCGUUUCGACCCCCAGAGUCAAACGCUACUAGCAACCAUCAAGCCGUGACUACAGUCAGCGAUAUAGUUAGGGAGUGAAGAGUUCGGUCUGCGUUGAAACACGUAAAGUAUAAUUAGAAUUUAUAUAAAUUUGCGGAUAAUUAAUCAAUAAGCAUGUAAUAUAUUAACUGUUCCUGGUGCACAGAAGUUCAUCAAGUGAGCAAUGGCCGGGACAGUGCUGGAUAAACAAUCUUAACAAAUUGAUAUGACAAACGUACGACUGUGUUUCAACAUAGUCAAGAAUUUUAAAAACAAAAGGACGGCGUAGUUAAGAUUAAAUAUUAAUUAAUUGGAACAGAUCGAUCAGGCUCUUAGAAUUCAAGCUGAUUCAAGAGCUACGGACAUAAGAGCGAAGAGUGUGGAACGUUUAGUGUACAGGGUGCAGUGUUUUAAAUAUUAAGGCGUGCAAGAGUAAAAUUGGUACAAAAAGACAAGACUUGCAUAUGUAGGACUCGCGCAUACACGCACACAACACACGCAUACACACAGACAAAUCUAUGAAGAAAACACUUCGGACAUCCACGCGCGUACAUACAUACACGGAAAACAAAAUCCAUGAAUAUUUGUACUCGAUAUUAAACUGUAAUACCUCCAACGAUGCCUGAAACAAUGCUCUACUGUGUAGAGCAUCGCAGCUAGGUAACAUUCGAGAGCGCUAAGACUGUACCCUGCGUCUCCAUCGCUGCCAUUGUGUAUGAGUUUUGAGUUACACCAUGUGCUGAUAUCCGAUCCUUGUGUGAUCGAUUGUCGUAUGAUCAAUUGAAUCGUAAAAUUUAGCGAUUGAGAAAAUGUUCUUUUCUAACUUUAGGAAGUAAUACUUACGUAGGACCUAGGAAGCUGUUCAUUCACCAUAUUAUUGCGUAAACGAAACAUCGAUAUAAACAAAAAAAAGCGAAAAUAACAACCAGUUAUUUCAAUGAAUUGAACUCUUCACCAAUAAUCGUGCGGAACUAUUCAUACUGCUAAUGAUCUUCUUUUUUCAAUCCGUCAUUUUUAGAUUGUUAUCGCCGCCUUGCUUCAAUUACCUUUCAAUUUCCUAAUAUCUUUCCAUGUAGAUUGUUUGUCUUUCAUUCUUAUUCAUCCCAUCAUCCACACCCAUAUGAAUCGAUAGUUUGUUACUUUCCCAUAUCCCACCUUCUCAACCAAUCAAGCCAAUGAAUUAGCCAAAUAUUCACAAUUCGAAUCAUAAUUACAAUGAUUCAUAAUUGCAGGCAUAGAUCAUAUUGCUUUUGCGUGAUUUUAAUUGAUAGAUAAUUGAUUUGAGGAUCGGGUUAAAAAACGAAAGGAAUAGCAGGAAUAAGGCUUUCUUCAUUAGUAUGGAUUUAGUAUGGCACUUUGAAUUAUUCGUUGGAUAGUAGUGAUUAAAUGAUAAAAUAAUUCAUCAGAUCUUGAUGCAUGGUGGAAGCAUGGUCACAGGCUCGUUUCAUAUAUUUAUUUCAUCUGUACCUAUGUACUAAAUACAUAAAUAUGGAGGUACACUUUUUUUUCGUAAAUAUAUAUUAAUUGUACAAUGAUUUGUGAUUGUUUCUGCUGGCUAUAAGUAUGCGGCUCAAAAUCUAUUGCGAAAUGUCGAAAUAUAUGGAUAUCUUGGAAAAAAUCAGAGAAUUAGAACUUUCAAUGUUAACCCGCCAAUGCUAACAUGUCACUAACUGUUCUAACGUACCUAAAGUUAAUUAGUGAACUUUGUUUUACACUCAGAUAACAAACGUCACGGCUGUGCAGUCCCAUGUUGAGAACAAUAAAGAAGCACAGAGAGAUAGAAAGAAAUAAUGUCAACAUGAGAAAUAAAUCAUUGAAUUAAAAUAGA